AUGAGCGAUUGGCAAGAAGCCGCCUUCGCGACGAGGCACCUGCACAACCGCGCCAGCAAGUCGAAGGCCGGCGGCGGACGCGGGCGGCGCGGCGGCGCGUUCGAGGUCAGGAGGACGCUUGGCAGAUACGACGUCAAGUGCCCGAGUGCGAGCAGGGCCAGCCCGCCGGAAUCCGGCGGGAAGAAGGGGAAAAGGACUGCUGUUGCCGCCGCACGUCCGACUUUGGAUAUAUUCCGGCUCUCCGACGACGGCAGGGGUUUAUUGGGAGAGCUGGUUUUGCCCGGGGCGCUCGAAGCGAGCGUCAUCUUGACGGGAAGCAGGAAAACACUCGAGGAUCUGAUGUCGCAGUUUGAAGAAGGAGAAGAAGAAGGAGAAGAAGAAGGAGAAGAAGAAGGAGAAGAAGAAGGAGAAGAAGUAGGAGAAGUAGGAGAAGGAGGAGAAGGAGGAGGAGGAGAAGGAAGAGAAGAAGAACUUGAGAACAAUCGGGAAGAUGAUGACAUACGCGAUGGGGGACAUGGCAAACCUGUUCCAAACGGUAAAUGCGACGUCGAGGACGAGGACGAGGACGGGGGAGACACGCCAGGACACGAAGAGUCCGACGACGAUGACCCGGAUAAGGAGCGCAGCCGGUUCCAGGCCUUCGAAAAGAACAGUUUUCGGUCGCCCAAGUUCUGGUUUCAGUGGAAGGGGAGGACGACGGCACCCUCACCACCACCGCCGGAUGACCGGGGACUCGCAGCCGGCAGGGCAGAGACCGGGAGAGGCUACGUCGUCUUCUCGGGCAACGACUGCCGUUCGUUCAAGGGAACCAUCACCUGCGAUGCCUUGGGCUGGAAGGACGCUUCCAUGUCUGGCUGGAAAGAGGUCUCCAUGAGUGAGAGGGAUGUUGCGUUUGCCUGGAGUUGA